ACGCUUCCCCUCACCUCGCCGCGCCGCCUACGGCUCUGCCACCAGAUCCCCCACGCACGCGGCGCUGCAGCUAAACCCUAAGCCUCCACCGGCAGCGCGGCUCGCCGCGGGCGGUUCCGCGAUGCGCCGGUGCGCGGCGGCAAUCGCGAGGGCGGUGGUGGCGUUCCUCAACGCGGUCCUCGUGGGCUGCCUCCUCUCGUGCUUCCGCCCGCGCCCCCGCCGCGGCUCCGGCUCCAGCGAUGCACUCGUGCACGGGGAUCGGACCGCGGAGGUGCUCUGGGAUGAUGACCGAGGUUUAGGAAGGAAUGGGAAAUGCCAUGAGGAUUUGACUGACGGUGGUAGCAUUGAUGAUGAUGAGGAGCUUAGGCUCGAGGGUUCUGGAAGGAAUGGGAAAUACCAUGGGGACUUGACCGAUGGCGGCAUUGAUGACGAGGAGCUUAGGCGAGAGGCAAAUUACCUCAAGUUAUGUGGCACUAUAUCUGAAACCCCAGCUGAGCUUCAAAAUGAGUGUGGUAACAUGCCAACCAAUGCACCAGCAACCAACUGUGCAUCACUAUUUGAAGCUACUUCAUCUGAAGGAUGUGAGGAGCAUCAUGCACCGUCUGAACUGAGCAUUGAAGAUACCCAGCAUCUUCUAGGAGUUGAAUUAGUUCCUCAUGCAGCUUUCUUAGAAAAGAGCCCGUUUCAGAACAUCCAACACAAGCAGGCCGAUCGUAGUGGUUCACCCUUUGCAACUCCUUUAGUUCUCAGGGAUGAUAUGCAGACCCCUGGAACAAUCUAUACUUCACAUAGAGGGGCUUCUAUAUCUGGAAAGCGUGUGCAGACCCGGAAACAAUUCAUUUACCCUGUCCUGAGACCGAUCGAGAACAGACUUCAGCAGAUGGAAUUGACAGAACAUUCUUCACCAUUGCCGCCAUCCAAUCCCCCCAAAAGGAAAAACUUGGAAGUAGAUUCUGUCAAGAAGCCAAAGCAAACAUAUUCAACUUCAGUGGUUAAAUCAGGUUUGUCCGAAACUUCAUCAUCAUUUUCACGCCAGGUAAAAGAAGCACUCUCUCCUGAGGAGUUUUUGGAUAGCGGAGAACUAUCAAAUACCAACUCAGAUGAAAAGAAUGCUGCAUUUAGCCUGUCCCACUGGGUGAAAUCUUCCUCCACUACAGAUGUUGAGAACCAAGGUGAUGUUAAGGGUGCAGCAGGCGAUCAAUCAUAUGAUGAGUGCAGCUUUCCAACCGAGAGACCUGGCUUCAAUGCUUCUGAUCUUGGGUGGGAUAUUGAGAAUCCUACUCCUAGGUUACCCAAGACAUGGGAUGCCAAUGGUAUUCCCAACACAAUCACCAGAUACAAAGAGGGUCAAAGGGUUAGUUGGCACACCACACCAUUCGAGGAAAGGCUACUGAAGGUGUUAUCUGACGAGGAGCAUCGCCCUCCAAGGAAAGUUGUCCGUGGAAAGUUGUUCCAUCUAGAGAAGAAGGCAGAAUAGCAAGCCAUGAACCUGUCGGCAACAUCUGACGCUAACCUUUAAAGCUGGUGUCCUGACCUUUAUUUGUUGUCCGUUUCUGUGGGGUGUCUUCCUGUAUAUAAAUGGUAUAGGAUACAGUGUAUGGCUGCUAUGAUUAACAUCAACUGUUGCUGGAUGAUAUCUGAGAUAACGUUUGUUGGCUGCCCCUUUCUUGA